AGCCAUGUCCUCUUCAGUCCUCCAGUGGGUCUGGCUGCGUCACUGUGUCUUCGCCACCCUCAUGGUGUUGUGUGUUCUGGGUGUCUUCAUCGUGUACUACAAACCUGACAUCAGUAUUCCCACUUUCAGCAUCCACAUGUUCUCUCAAAAGGAGGGAGACAAUCAUUCCCGUCCCACAGUUGUGUGUUCACAACAACCAAAUUGUUCCUCAGAGCAGAACAUCAAUCAGGUGCAGAAGAUCCAGGCUGCAGAAGGGGAUGCAGAGCCUGACACCAUCAUUUUGAUCUGGAUGUGGCCGUUUGGCUUCAAGUUUGAUCUGAGCUGCAGAGUGUUCGGUAUCACAGGAUGUCACUUGACAGAUGACAAGAGUCUGUACAGAAAGGCCCAUGGUGUGCUCUUCCAUCACAGGGACAUCCAUGGAGAUCUGGGCAACAUGCCAAAGGAGCCACGGCCCUGGUUUCAGAAAUGGGUGUGGUCAAACGCUGAGUCGCCUGCAAACUCAGGUCGAAUACCUGGGCUCGAUCACUUGUUCAAUCUGACAUGCAAUUAUCGCCGCGAUUCAGAUAUCCCAGUGCCUUCUGGGUACUUGGCUCCAGUGACAAACAGGGAUCAGAGUUUCAAACUGCCAGCCAAGGACAAACUGGUCUGCUGGAUUGUGAGCAACUGGAACCCCAAGUUUAAGAGAGUUCAGUUCUACAAUGAGCUGAAAAAUCACAUCAGCAUAGGUGUUUAUGGGAAAUCCUUUGGUCGACAUGUAAAUAACCAAGAUUUUCCAAAAAUAAUAUCUAGUUGCAAGUUCUACUUAGCCUUUGAAAACUCUAUCCACACAGACUACAUCACAGAGAAGUUGUACAAUCCCCUGAUGAUGGGGACUGUGCCAGUAGUCCUGGGCCCUACAAGACAAAAUUAUGAGAAUUAUAUCCCAGGAGAUUCUUUCAUCCAUGUAGAUGACUUUGCCAGUCCAAAGGAGCUGGCAGAGAGGCUGCUGUACCUCGACCAGCAUCCUGCUGAGUACAGCAGAUACUUCAACUGGAGAGAACAUUUUAAGGUCAUUCAAGCACAGUUUGGUCGUGAACAUGCUUGCAGAUCAUGUGAUUACUUACAAAAACACAGAGGUUACCAAGUUUUUCAUGAUCUCAACAAAUGGUACUGGGGUUAACUUUCCUGUUAUACAAAACACAUCAGCAAACAGGAUUUUGGAAACAACAGUUUGGACAGA